GCCACGGAAAGUGUUACUGUGGAAACUGUUACUGUGAGGCUGGUUGGCAUGGAGAUAAAUGUGAAUUCCAGUGUGACAUCACCCCCUGGGAGAUCAAGAAACGAUGCACAUCUCCAGAUGGCAAAAUCUGCAGCAACAGAGGCACAUGCGUAUGUGGAGAAUGCACAUGCCAUGAUGUAGACCCAACUGGUGACUGGGGAGAUAUUCAUGGAGAUACUUGUGAGUGCGAUGAAAGAAACUGCAAAGAAGUGUACGAUAGAUAUUCUGAUGACUUCUGUUCAGGUCACGGACAGUGUAAUUGUGGAAGGUGUGACUGUAAAGAAGGAUGGACUGGGAAGAAGUGUGAACAUCCACGUUCUUGUCCAUUGUCAAUUGAGGAAAGUGCUAAGAAAUGCCAAGGAAAUUCUAAUUUACCUUGCUCUGGAAGAG